AGCUGAACCUGGCUCAAAUGCUCGUUUACUCCCCUAAAUAUAAUUGCGUGGAGGACGAUAAUCACAACCAUGGCUUCCCUCCCUGCCAGUCGAUUAGGGCAGAGACUUUACAAUCCAAGCAAAUUGAUACCAGUGUGGAAACUGGCCAUUUGUCGUGCCAAAAUGUUCUGUUAGGUCGCUGUGAAGUCGAGCUCCGCAAUAGUGUCCUGAGGUGAGACGGUUUGUUGUGACUUGAGGAGGACAGUGGUGCGCUCAUUUCACCACACAAUGCCGCAAUGAAGGGCGUCAGACUGCCUCGUUCUUCACUUAUUGGAGUUUCACUAGCCGUUCUUCUGGUCAGAACCAGUCGCAGACUCGAUUUUGCUCGCAGGGGAAGAAGGUUUUGUUCAACUGGUCGGUGUUUAGGAAACAGGAGUGAACCUUUAUUGUUGGUGGCGGGUGGCGGCGCAGCUGGAAUCUAUGCUUCACUAAGGGCAAAAGAAUUAGCUCCUCAUCUUAAUGUGUUAGUCAUUGAGAAGGGGAAGCCUUUAUCUAAGGUGAGGAUUUCUGGUGGGGGCAGGUGCAAUGUAACAAAUGGAAAUUUUCUUGAAAAAAUGGUUCAGAUCUGCUUUUGGCAUUCACUGAAGAUUUAUGAAAUAAUUUUUUCACUGGGUUUGGCGGGAAAUUAUCCUAGAGGUAAUAAAGAACUUCAAGGAGCUUAUUUCAAUAUUCAUGGGCCACAAGAUACCAUGAGUUGGUUCUCCAAUCAUGGUGUUGAUCUUAAGAUAGAAGAAGAUGGAAGAGUUUUUCCAGUCAGCAAUAAUUCAUCCUCUAUUGUGGAUUGCCUUCUAGGUGAAGCAAAAAAGAUGGGAGACUCAACACAGUAUUUUGUUGUAGUUCAACUGCAAAUAGGCAAAGUUAUCUCAAAUGUAUCUAUCAGCUAUAAAGGAAAAUUCAAUCUGAGGAUUGAGAAACGAACCAUUGAUCUUGUGGAGGAUAUUGAGGCAGACUUUUUGUUGGUUGCAACUGGUAGUUGCCAGCAGGGUUACAAGCUUGCUGUCCAACUUGGACAUUCUAUUGUACAGCCAAUGCCCAGCAUUUUUACAUUCAAAAUAGAGGACAACAAGCUGCAAUCUUUGUCAGGGAUCACAUUACCGAAAGUUAAAGCCAAGUUGAAACUAGAAAAUAUUUGUAAGAAUCAACCCGAGUAUACACAGGUCGGGCCUAUGCUAAUUACACAUUGGGGGCUUAGUGGUCCUGUGAUUCUUCGUUUGUCUGCUUGGGGAGCUCGUGAUCUCUUCCUCAAUGAAUAUAAAGGUUUUGUUUACAUAGAUUUUAUACCUGAAAUAAAUGUAGAAGAUCUAAAACUCAUUCUUUCCCAACAUAGAGAGCAUAUGGCUAAGCAGAAGCUGAGCAAUUCAUUUCCCUCUAAGUUCGGCUUGGUAAAAAGAUUUUGGGGAUAUCUGCUUGAUCGUGAGGGAUUAGAUGGUGAUGAGCCUUGGGCUAGCUUAGCAAAUAAAAGUUUAAAUUCAAUAGCACUUCUGCUGAAGCAAUGCUCAUUCAAAGUGAUUGGAAAGGGUCAAUUUAAAGAGGAAUUUGUUACUUCUGGAGGUGUUCCACUCUCAGAGAUCACUCUUAGCAAUAUGGAAAGCAGGAUAUGGAAAAACCUAUUUUUUGCAGGAGAGGUUUUAAAUGUUGAUGGAAUUACUGGUGGUUUCAACUUUCAGAAUGCUUGGACUGGUGGCUACAUUGCAGGAACGAGUAUAGGUGAACUGGCAUCAACUUAUUUGCUCUAAUGCAUUGUGUCCGUUUCCAUUCCUAUGAAGAAUUAUAAGGUCUUCUUUACUUGCUUGAAUUUUGCUUUUUGUCAUUAU